AUGCAGCCCAAAGAUGUAAAGGCCGUACGGGGCACUUCAGUUGUGCUCCAUUGUGGUGCUAAUGGCAGAAACCGAAACCGUGAACCACCGACAAUAACUUGGCUUAAAGGAGGAGUCACCUUGGAUUAUACCAACAGAACCUAUGAAGUGGUUGGCACUGGAAGUUUGCACAUUUCUCAUGUAGAGGAAACAAACAACGGAAUAUACACAUGCCGUGCUAGCAACAUGGAAGAUUCAAUUGAUGCUCAAGCGACAGUGACUGUCCUCGUUCCACCCGAAUUCAGAAAGAAGCCUAAAAAUGUAUUUGCUCACGUGACCUCUGAAGUGACCCUGGAAUGUGACAUCUAUGGUGUGCCUACACCAGAGAUAUUUUGGAUGAAGGAUGGAAAGAAAAUUGUUGCUGAUGACUACUUCCAAAUUGUAGAUCACAAGAACCUUCGAAUCCUUGGUCUUCUGGAGAGGGACCAGGGUCUGUACCAGUGUUUCGGUAGUAAUGACCUGGGCAGUGUCCAGGCAAGUGCACAGUUAGUCAUCUUGCAGAAAACUCCAAUAUCUUUUUGCUGUCUUGCUGAUUUUGUUUCUCUCUCUAUCUACUUCACUGGCCUCUCUUUCUCUCACUCUCUUCUUUUCCUUUCCUUUUUUUAUACUGUACAAAUAAAUUUGAUCUCUCUCUCUCUCUAUCUCUCUCUCUCUCUAUCUAUCUCUCUCUCUCUAUCUAUCUCUCUCUCUCUAUCUAUCUCUCUCUCUCUCUAUCUCUAUCUAUCUAUCUCUAUCUAUCUAUCUAUAUCUAUCUCUAUCUAUCUAUCUCUCCCUAUCUAUCUCUAUCAUCUAUCUCCCAUCUAUCCAUCUCCAUCCAUCUCCAUAUCCAUCUAUCUCAUCUAUCCAUCUCCAUCCAUCUAUCUCAUCCAUCUAUCUUAUCUAUCCAUCUCCAUCUAUCUCUAUCCAUCUAUCUAUAUCUCAUCUAUCUAUCUAUCUCAUCCAUCUAUCUAUCUAUCUAUCCAUCUAUCUCUCCAUCCCCAUCUAUCUCCAUCCAUCUAUCCCAUCCAUCCCCAUCCAUCUAUCAUCUCAUCCCCAUCUCUAUCUCUCUCUAUCCAUCUAUCCCUCCAUCCAUCUAUCCAUCUAUCUCUCUCUCUAUCUCAUCUAUCUAUCUCUCUCUCUAUCCCCAUCUCCAUCUAUCUCUAUCUCUCUCCAUCUCUCUCUCUCUCUAUCUCAUCUCUCUCUCUCUAUCUCUAUCUCUAUCUCAUCUAUCUCUCUCUCUAUCUAUCUCUCUAUCUCUCUCUCUCUCUCUCUCUAUCUCUCUCUCUCUAUCUCUCUAUCUCUCUCUCUAUCUCUCUCUAUCUCUCUCUCUCUAUCUCAUCUAUCUCUCUCUAUCUAUCUAUCUCUCUCUCUCUCUCUAUUGAGCCAUCUAUAUCUCUCUCUCUAUAUCUAUCUAUCUAUCUAUCUCUCUAUCUCUAUAUCUAUCUAUCUCUCUAUCUAUCUAUCUCUCUCUCCCAUAUUGAGCCAAUAAUGGCUGCAUAUUGGUAA